GAGUGAAUAACACAGUAAUAAUAACUUCUGUACGUAUUGCCGGACGAUUUCCCGGCAGCACGUGAAUGUGUCAUUUUUUGCUUAUGUCGUCAUCAGGGAAGCUUCAUCUAAACAGAUAUUCAGAAAUCACACAGGGAGAUGCUGGAGGUAAAGCGAACUGCUGAAGUGGUGUUUGUUGUGUGAUGGAGUCUCAAAAUUCAAACCUGAUAUGUGCCAUAUGUCUGGAGCGCUUCAGGAUCCCUGUAACCAUCCCCUGUGGACACACCUUCUGCCAAAAGUGCAUCACUAUUCACUGGGACACCAAGAGCAAGGCCGACAUCGGACCUCAGUGUCCCAUCUGCAGCGAGAAGUUUGACUCUAGGCCACCUCUUAAGCGCAAUGUGUCCUUGUCAGUCCUGACUGAGGCGGCAAACACCACUGGGCCGUCCUGCAGAGAGCAACUUACGAGGGGAAGCGAAGCAGUGAGAGCCAUGCUGCUGUGUGAUCGCCACAAAAAGCCUCUGGUUUAUUACUGCAAGCAAGACAAAAUGGCUGUGUGCUGCGAGUGUGGCAUCUCAGAAUGCGCAGGUCAUGAGAAGGUCUUGUUGGAAGCAGAAAGGGAAAAUCAAGAGCUGUUACUAGAAAGGAAAAAUAAGGAAGUGGGCAAACUCAUUGAGGAGACGAAGAAAAGUAUAAGUGACUUGGCUGAGAACAUAAAUCAAGCUAAGCAGGUGACUCUUCAGCAAACUUCAACAUGGGUCAACGUCAAGUUCUCGACCCUUAUAAAAAUACUGGCCGAGAAGCAGGAGGCUACAGAGCUAUUUAUUGAUAGGCAGAAAGAGGUCACCAUCACGGAGGCAGAAGCACGACUGGCUGAACUUGAGGAGCGCUCCCUGAAACUUAGAGAGAGCCAAGGCCAGAUAGCAGCUCUGCAUAACCUCCCUGACACCGAUCUUAUCAAGGAAUCAAUGUUCAUAGAAGUUCCACGCUUUGAGGCGCUUCCCACGGAUGUAACGCCAAACCUUCAAGACAGGUUAAACGGCAUCACCGAUGUCCUGUCACGGAUCUCCAAGCUCAUGGCUGAGGACCUGGAGAAAGCUGUGACCACUGCUGUGGGUCAAAGCAAAGACGUAUCUCCUCAGGAUAAGAGGCCAAUCCUAGCUGUGGUUCCCAGUCCAGCUGCUCCAUGCCACCCUGGUGGGAAAGAGGGUCUCAGUGCUUACCGUUGCUCCUUGACCUUUGACCCCCGUACGGCCAACGGGCACCUGUGUUUAUCCCAGGAAAACCGAAGAGCAGAGCACCUGACCUCUGGGCCACGUCCGGUUCCAGCCCACGAAGCCCGCUUUGAUCACACCUGGCAGGUGCUCUGUUUCCAAGGCUUCACUCGUGGACAGCACUACUGGGAGCUGGAGGUCUCCAAGCCCUGGGCCUACCUCGGGGUGACCUACGAGACCAUUCCCAGAAAGGAGAAGGGCAAGAGGUGCAUGGUGGGUAUGAAUGAACUUUCAUGGAGCUUGCAGCUGGACGAGCAUCAGCUCAGCGCCUGGCACAACGGUCGCCGUGAGAUUCUGUCUGGCCAAUCCCAGCACAGUCGCAUCGGCAUGCUACUGGACUACGAGGCAGGGACUCUGACUUACUAUGGAGAUGGGCAGACCAGGCUCUAUGCCUUUCACUGUGUCUUCACACAGGAGCUGUUCCCCGCUUGUUGGAUAGGAGAGGGAGUCUGCAUCACCCUCUGCUCCACAUGAGGUGACACAGAAAUGUUAAAAACAGGAGGCGUGGACAUAAGAAACACAUCAGCCACUGGCAGUAACUGGGUUAACAUGGAGGUAUUUUACAUUUUUUUGCCACCAAACCCCCUAAAACAUUGCCUACCUGACUUUUGCUUGUUUACAAAAUUGACAGCUGAGGAAAACAUAUAAACUCUGUAGAGGCAUAGGGUUUUAGUUUAGUCAUAUCACUAUUUUGUUUUUAUUCAUUCUUCAUAAUAUGUAUAGAAUAUUCUGUUUUACACAGGUGCUUUCAACAAAAGUAUUGAUUAGAGAUGAUUGUCCUUUCACUACACAAAAAUCCUACUUGGUGUCCUCCUUUAUGGCAGUAAACACUUAUGUGGACACCACUGAAGACCUAUGCGGGCCACAGAGAUACAGGUUAUGCACACAGCCAGUUAUAAGAGACUGUCAAAGAUGGUGUGGUAAAGAAAAGGGUACGAUGCAUUGCAGAGAAGCCAUUCACUACAUACUGUAUGCAGAUGUAUUAAAGCAUUAGGUUAGAAUUUAACCCAGGGUGAAAAUCUGCCAGUUUUCCUGGUGAUACUUGAAAUUUAAGCCCAAAUGAAAAUCCUUCUCUACCAUUAACAUUUGGAUUUGGCAGGUUCAAUCAAACUGCUGUGGGCUGCACAUACAGACCUAAAAAUAGAAGCUUGGGCUCUUGGCAUGAGUGCACAGUACUCUGCCUGUGCAGCGCUAAAUUUUUCAUGCUGUGUUAUGACAAAAUCUGCUGUACUGGUGUUCAUUGGCCUUGUGGCCUUAAGUUCUUUGUUUUAUCAGAAGCAUAGCUGUGACCUUGUGUGUUGUUACUUGUGGAUCAGGACACUGCGCCUCAUUCUUUGGGAAACUGCUGUGGAUAUGCACAAGUUAAAAGUGCAGACAAGGACUACUGUUUAAAAGGGAAAAGCACAACAUCUGUGCUUCUGAUCACUAAUGCACUGAAACAGCCAUCAACGUGUGAUAUAGCAAUACUGUAGGAAUAAAGACAAAGAUUAUUCCACAUUAAUCAAGAUUCAUUUAAUAAAAUCCAGUCCAAUGCA